AAUGAAGAAAUCUAUGGGUUAAAGCUAUUGCAAAAUACAAGCAGAAUUUAGGUAUAAUAUAUAGUUUAAUCUCUAGAUAACCUAGACCUUAAUUGAUGGAAGUAUAAAGUAUGACAGUAAUUGGAAAUUAAAGUAAUUUAGUGUUUAUAUUUUAAGAUGGAGGAGGAAAGUUCUCUUUUAAAGAAUACCUUGAGAGAUAAAGAGGGAAUAUUAGAGAAAAGAAAACAUCAUAAAGUGAAAAUAUUUUAAGGAAGAUUGCCCCAAUCAAAUUAGAGAAUUAAAUAUGUAAAAACAGUUCCCCUAGAUUCCGAAUAAAAUUUGUUUCAAGUCCAUUACAUAAUAAUAGAACAACUCUUUCAAGAUCUCCUUAGGCUUCAACAUUUCGAAAUCGUAAAAUACCUUUAGAAUCAGAUUAUAUAUGUGAAACUGAGAUGCAAAUAUAAACUAGUAGAAUAGAUAGAGCAUUUCAAUAAACUGAUAUUGAUGAAAGCACUAUGUUAUCAAUCAAGACUCCAAUAAUAUUGGAAAAUCGAUUUGAUAAUUCUUCAGUAAUGAAAACAAGAAAUGUUAUUAAUUCGAUGAAUGAUGAAAAUUUAUUGAAUGAGUAAAUUAAACCUGCUAAAAGAACUAAAAAAUAAUUAAGAUAAUGUUUACUUAGAGCAUUAAAAAAAUUAAAAGAAAUGAAUGUCACAACUAAUAUGAUGCUCUAAAAAUAAAUAUUCUCUAAAAAGCCUUAUCAAAAACCUUAUUCAUAAGAAUUUAUACAUGCUGUCAAGUUGAAUUAAUUAGAGAAAGUUCGUUAAUAUUUAGAGAAAAAUUAAUACUUAGUUUUUGAAUUUGAUUUCUUUAAUAUGUCAGCCUUGCAUUGGUCAUGUAAAAAAGGAUUGUAUGAAAUGUCAGAAUUAUUAAUUAAAUAUCAUGCAGAUGUUGAUGCAAUUGAUAUAAUGAAUAGAACUCCUUUAUAUUUAGCAAUACAAGAAAAUAACAUUACUACUAUUGAAGUAAAAAUAUUACUAAUCUUUUUAGUUAUUAUUAAGAAAUAAAGCAUAUCCUUGGUCUACUUCACUAACUGAUUUGGGAGAAGUCGUUAAGGACAAUAAAAAAGCUCGUAAAAUCUUAACAUUGAUCAGAAGAGUAAUGAUUUAAAUUUAAUUAAUAGAUUGAUAUAAUAAAUAUGUGGGGAGAGAAGAAAUUAAAAGAAGAGUGUUUUUGA